AUGAACGAGUAUCAACUACUUGAAGAAAUAGGAAGGGGUACAAUGAGUCGUGUUUACAAGGGUCGAAAACGUCAGACAAUAAAUUUCUAUGCCAUUCACUCAAUUGAUAAAUCAUUGAAGUCGCGAGUCCUAAAUAGCGUUAGAGUACUAAAAACUCUAAACCAUCCAAAUGUUAUUGGUUUACAUGAGUGGUAUGAAACGGUAAACCAUUUUUGGGUCAUCACAGAUCUUUACUUAAGUGGUAACAUGCAGAGUAUUUUGCGGCUCAACUGCCGAAUGAACCCCAAGAGCGUGCGGCUCUUAGGAAGCGACGUUUGCUCUGGGCUCUUUUACACUCACACGAAGGGGCUUCUCCACCGCAAAUUGAAGCCCUCGAGUUUGUUUAUGGAUUCCACCGCUUCACUUGUACUCAGUGACUUUGACUUGGCUUGCCCAUGGCAAAAUGCGGGGCAUGGCCCAUUGAUCGGAACCCCGCCAUACAUCGCGCCGGAGUUUUUCGUCUUUUCCGCAAAAGACGCGCUGUCGAUCUCGUCGGAUCUGUGGUCACUAGGGUGUGUGUUGUAUGAAUUAGCCUCUGGAGAGCCGCCUUUUAAGGGAAAAGACUUGAAAGAGCUUUUGACAAACGUCUUUACACAGCCAGUGCACCCAAUUGAAGGUCUGGGGGGGGAUUUCAACGAGCUUAUUGCGCAUCUGCUUGAGAAAAAUCCUUUACACCGCGCAACCUGGAAGGAUGUACUGUCGUGUGGGUUUUGGGGGGGAGCCCUUGAGGGAUUAAGUCUUGACAUGCUGCCAGCAUGUUCAUGGAUAGAAAACUCCACAAAUGAACUAAAAGCAAAAGAAAAAAUGCAAUGGACGGAGUCUGAUAUGCAUGCGGCGGUGAACCAUGCUGUGAAAGCUGCAUCUGCCAAUUACUCCGCCUCCUCAAACGCAUGCGGUGGUGUCGAUUCGAUUGAAAAUAAGAUUUGCAUUGGAAAAGAGCUAAAUUUCUCGCCGAGUAAACUCAGUAAUGCGGAAAUUUUAGACUUCUCUGAGGUUCGAUGUGAAGGACAGAACCAGAAGAGAAAAACUCAUAGUGCGAUAAAUAGGAUAUCACAAAAUCCUACAUCCUAUGACUUAUUACAAUCAAGCUAUAACCAUCCCAACCUGGAGCAAUCUUUCAGCGAUGGGUGUCUAAUCAUUACACAUGUGGACUGUACUGUGAUGAGCAACCAACGACGGAUGAAUGGCGCAUACGCAGCAUCGAAACUGAGUGACUCUUUGACUCAAAACCCAUUAGACGAGCAAUCUUCCGAAGCUAUCCGCCGUAUUCCUAUUUCAGAUCUUAUAUGGUGCCCCUUAGAUGCCAAUAUUCGGCCGCUCUGGGGUAAUAAACACAUAGAACGCAUGAAGGCGAUGACUUUCAAGGCGUCUGAAAUCCCCUUUCGAGUGAUUGAAUCAAAUAAUGUGGAUAAAUUAAGCGAGCGUGAUUUCGAAUCCUUUAUGAGGUGUAUCUACACCUCUCUUUCUUGUCAUACCGCCAAGAAUGAGCAGAAAGAGAACAUUCUCAAGUAUUUGGCAACGAUUAUAAAUGGUCCCAUAUUAUCCAAUCGCUUUGUAAAUAGCUCAAUUAUGGCGCUUUGUGUGAAGAUGGCAGGGUCACCGCAUCUUCCUCAAUCCUGUAGGAUGCAGGCUGCAUCACUCGCUGGGCAGCUCGUUCGCCACGCGAGCUAUAUUGCAAUUGAUCUCGUCAAAGCGAAUAUUAUCCCGCAUUUGCUUCGUUUCUUUCUGUGCGAAUUUGAUAUUAUCGUCAAGUGCAAAUUAAUUAUGUGCAUUGGAGAAUUAAUCUACUACAUUACCGCUCAAAAGGAACACGUAUGUGAGGAGUGGGAGGAAAUAGAAGAAGGUGUACGUAAGGUAUUUACACUGGCCUUGCAAACGGAAGAUCUCUUGAUUCGACAUUCUGCCGUUAAAGCUAUCGAGAACCUUUCUACAAACUCGAAAAGAUGCACUAUCUUUUGCUCGAAACGUAUCAUCGAGUGCUUAAUUAUGGUGUAUACCUUAGACUCUAGCCAUAACCAAUAUAUGCGCGCGAGUGCUCUUUCUGCUGCUUUGCGAUUAGGUACGUUAAAAGACGAACUCAUUCCCGUAUUACUCUCGAAUAAAAAGCUACCGAUAAAUAUUGCAUACACAGAACUGGAAGAGUCUCUACCAACUCCUCGCUGUGUGCAGGUAUUACUUGCUUUUAUUAACCAUAUUUUUCUGAAGGCAAUGAUAUCCUUGAGGAACCCGUUUGCGUUGGUGUGGACGACGUUGCCUGCAUCCUCGAGCACUGCAGUCCAGCUUAAUUCCUCGCUUUCCCAGUAUCAGGCCGAAGAGAUAAUAAACCUUAUCAUCGAUAUUAAAGACGAUUUGAUCGAUUAUUUAUGCAAUCGCGCGAGGGGGGUUUCGGAUACCGUCGUCGCUAAGCUAUCUUUGUUUAUGCUGCUGCUAGGCUGCCUGGACGGGCGCACUUUCUCUGAAACCUGCACCAUCUGCCAACUUUCCUUCAUCUCGCACCUCAUCGAAGCGAAGGAUUCUUAUCUUCAACGAUGCAUAUCCGCUUUUUUAACCUUUCUUGGCAUUUACAUAUCCAAAAAGCUUAGUUCGGUGGCUCGAGGCGUAUCGCCCACUACGACACCUUUUUAUAUCACCUCCUUACAUCAUUUAUUUAGCUCUACGGCAUUGUUAAAAUCGAUUCCCUUACGCCUCGAUGUUUUUGAAAGCUUGGGGAAAUGUUUGAAGGAGUCAGUGAAUAGCGCCUUGUAUCGCCCCUAUGAAGAAGGUUUCAAUGCCCUGGCGCUUUAUUUAGUUCAACAACUCGGUGACGUGGUCCAACAUCACUGCGUUAUUUUUUCUACUUUAGUUCCGCAUUAUAUCGAGAUGGUCAAAAAAGGCGUGGGUGAACGAUGCCUUGUGGCCCUUUACUUUCUGACAUCUUUGAUGACAGCCUUGGUUUCUGAUUUUGAAGCGCCACGUGAGAUGGAUACUAUCUUCGAAAAAUGGGUGUUUCGUAUUUUAUUAAACCUAACAGAUGUACUGCCAGAGCUUCUUUUGAAUCCGGAUCCGAUGCCAAAGUGCGCGCUGCGUCUGGUCUACACUUGUGCAAAAUGGAAUACUUCCUGUUUAUCCUUAGUUACUUCAAAUCAAUUUUGCAGGUGUAUGUGGAAUUACCUUUCUUGCGUCGAUGAUGUCGACCUUUUUUACCCACUUUACCUCCUCUAUGAGGCACACUCCCAAAUCAAUCGAAAAGAAGAAGAGGAAGGAGGUAUUUGCUCUGUGUUGAAACAAAAUCACCUGGCUGUUCUCAAUCGAAUUAGCAUUUUAUCAAUGAAAAAUGGGGUUCUUCACAUUUUAUAUAUCUGCUGUAAACUAAUAGAUGCAAUUCUACGCGCUCUGGAAAUAGAUACGGCGUCUCAUGCGAACCUUCAAUGCGUUGUUUUCACAAAUAACGAUGCGGUUGAAACUGUAUUUCUUCCACUUUGCACGAAUGACUCGGUAUCAAUACAUGCUGCGGCGAUAAUCUACAAUUUAGCUUGUUCUUGUACGUCAAUGAGUGAUUUAUUGCUCUCAGUUAGCGGCCAAAACGCUUUACAAAGAGCUCUAGAUAAGCAACCUAUCAACACCGAAGUGGUUGAGUUCCUGUUAAAGGCCUUUCUUCACGUCAACGAGAAAGAAGAAGGGUUGGGAAUACAACAUUUCGCGAAUGACAAAGAGUUCAUGAGGGCAUUGAAGAAGGCUACAGGAGGGGAUUACCCAAUGGCUCUUUCUUCAUAUGCUACACAAUUUUAUCGGGUGAUCACUGAUCAACAGGUGCUUUAUAUAUCGUAA